AUCGCGAACAUGAGGAGUCUGGAAUCUCGUCGGCUUCAGCCUUCAGAUGGGGCGGAUGAACCUCUCUAGAGUUGCCAUGCUCACACUCCUCGCCGUCAAAACCCGGCCUUUCACUCCACGCCCAGGGCCCCUUGGCUCGACAGGCAGAAUAAACAGUAGUAACCGGUUUCCGAGCGCAUCUUUCGCGUUCCGGACCCCGGAGGAGCGAGUUUACAGCCCUGGCAGGAAGCCAGCAACCAAGCUCAUCCCCCCAGUCCAGACAAGCUCCUGUUCCCGUGUAACGGUUCGCAAGUCCAGGGUGUUUGACGAGGGUUGAGCCUGGAGGGGAGACAGACAGGCAGACAGACAGACAGACAGACAGAAAGAGAGGUGGUCUAGACCGCUCCACGGCCAGACCAGGGGCCAGAGGUCGGGGGAAGCGUUCUGGACCGGUCC